UUUUGUUUCUAGAAAAUUUUUUUGCUUCUUUUUUUUUUCGAAGUUGUUUGUGUUCUUUAUUGUUGUGAUCCCGAUCUCCUCCGCUUGCCCCCUCCCCUCUCCCUGGUUCCAACUAACCUGUAGACUAAGGGCAAGCAAGAAAUAGGCAGCGGUGUACGAAGAAAAGGCGGUGAGAGGGAGUGGCACGAUGGCGUCGGCGCGAUCCCAGGAGACGUGGGAUUGCAUGCUCCCCGGCCCUCCCAGCCGUAGCAACGGUGGCUCCGCCGACUGCAGCCCCAGCGGCCUCCUGGCCUACGGCGCCGGCAGCAGCGUCGUCGUCGCCGACCCCCGAUCCAUGCAGCUCGUCUCCGUCCUCCCCAUGCCCCCCCCUCACCACCAUCACUCCUCCUCCGGCGGUGGCGCCGCCUCCUACUCCUGCACCUCCCCGCACGCCCUCGCCCCCUUCGUCACCUCCGUUCGCUGGUCUCCUCAGCCCCUCUCGCGCGACCUAUCCGCCCUCGACGACGUCUCCAACUCCCACCUCCGCCUCGCGGUCGGCGACCGCCAGGGCCGCAUCGCCCUCUGGGACUUCCGAUCCCGCCAGGUCCUCCUCUGGCUCGAGCUGGACUCUUCUGCCGACCGCUCCAGGCUCGGGAUCCAGGACCUCUGCUGGGUCCGCUCUGACUCCUGGCUCCUCGCCUCCAUCCACGGGCCCUCCCUCCUCGCCCUCUGGAACGCCGCCUCGGGCCGCUGCCUCUGGAAGUACGACGCCGCCCCCGAGUACCUCUCUUGCAUCCGCCGCGAUCCUUUCGACUCCCGGCACUUCUGCACCCUCGGUCUCCGGGGCUUCCUGCUCUCUACGAUCGCUCUGGGCGGGGGCGCCGGCGGCGGGGAUGGCGACGUCUCCAUUCAGGAGCACCAGGUCUCCGGGAUCGGAGAUCUCUCUGAUCUUCAGAAGAUUGAGAGGGAGGCCGGCGGAGCCUCCCCGUCCUCCCCUGCUCUUGCACUCUUCCCUCUAUUCUUUGCGCGGCUUUGCUUCUCCCCGCGGUGGAGGCACAUCCUCCUCAUCACCUUCCCCAAGGAGUUCAUCGUGUUCGACCUCCAGUACGGUACCUCCCUCUCUUCCACGCCCCUGCCCCGUGGUUGCGGCAAGUUCUUGGAUUUGGUGCCCGAUCCUGAUCUCGAUCUGCUCUACUGUGCUCAUCUUGAUGGGAAGCUUGGUGUCUGGAAGCGGAAAGAAGGAGAACAGGUGCAUGUGCUGUGUACAAUGGAGGAGUUAAUGCCUUCAGUUGGUACCGCUGUUCCAUCUCCAGCUGUUCUUGCCAUUACUCUUUGCCAAUCAGAAUCUGCUAUUCAAAAUGUUAUCAGGCUAUGCUCAGAGUCAUCAUAUACACAAUCUUCACUUGAUCUUGACUAUGCUUCACAUAAAAGUUUAUAUAAAGAAAUGGAUUUUGGUUCCAAGUCACAUCUGAUCUCCAUUUCUGAUGAUGGAAAAAUUUGGAACUGGCUUCUGACUUCUGAUAAGGCUAGAGAUGCUCAGAAAGCUGCAUUGACUAUAAACGGGUCUAAUAUGGCUGGUGAAGAAAUGGUUUCAAAAACAUGCACUAAAUCAACUGAUAAUUUGUUAUAUAGAGCUGUACCAGAUGCAGAUAAAGAACCAGAGCCUGUCAGCAGUAGCUGUGCUCGCCUAACAAACUCUAGUUUUACUGCAUCAGAAUUUUCAGUGAAGAUCAGCUUAACUGGCCAGCUUCAUCUUCUUUCUUCUACAGUGACCACUCUAGCUGUACCAUCUCCAUCUUUAAUUGCCACUUUGGCCCGUGGGGGUAACAAUCCUGCACCAGCAGUUCCACUUGUUGCUUUAGGAACUCAGAGUGGGAUGAUCGAUGUCAUUGAUGUUUCUGCCAAUGUAGUUGCAGUGAGCUUUUCUGUUCACAGUGGCAUUAUAAGGGGAUUAAAAUGGCUUGGGAAUUCUCGGCUCGUUUCAUUCUCAUACAGUCAGGUAAACGAUAAGGGAGGUGGCUAUAAUAAUAGACUUGUUAUAACCUGCCUUAGAAGUGGGCUAAAUCGUACAUUCCGAGUACUUCAAAAGCCAGAACGUGCUCCAAUAAGAGCUCUGCGGGCAUCUUCAUCUGGCAGGUAUAUUCUCAUUUUGUUUCGCGAUGCUCCUGUGGAGGUGUGGGCUAUGACAAAGAAUCCCAUAAUGCUUAGAUCAUUAGCUCUUCCAUUUACGGUACUGGAAUGGACACUUCCAAGUGCACCUCGACCAAUUCAAAGUGCACCUUCUAGACAAUCAUCAUUAACAUCCAAGGACUGGUCAUACAGUGCAACUGCAACUGCAACUGCAACUUCUAUGGAAUCUAAAGCGGCAAGCUCGGAAAGUUCUGGUGAUGACACAUCUGAAAGUUUUGCAUUUGCAUUAGUGAAUGGUGCCCUUGGCGUAUUUGAAGUUCACGGACGAAGAAUACGAGAUUUUAGACCAAAAUGGCCUUCAUCUUCAUUUGUUUCUUCAGAUGGAUUAAUUACUGCUAUGGCAUAUCGCCUUCCCCACGUAGUUAUGGGGGACAGAUUAGGCAACAUACGCUGGUGGGAUGUAACAUCUGGUCUUUCUUCAUCAUUUAAUACUCAUAGAGAAGGAAUUAGGAGGAUAAAAUUCUCCCCUGUUGUUUCUGGAGACCGUAGCAGAGGGCGUAUUGCUGUACUCUUUUAUGACAACACAUUCUCAAUAUUUGAUCUUGAUACAUCAGAUCCAUUGGCAAAUGCCCUUCUCCAGCCACAGUCUCCUGGAACCCUUGUAUUGGAACUCGAUUGGUUGCCAACGCGGACAAACAAAAAUGAACCACUCGUGUUAUGCAUUGCUGGAGCUGACAGUAGUUUCCGCCUUAUUGAGGUUAACAUCAAUGAUGCCAAGAACAAUUCAAGCUUGAAGGCAAGCGUUUUGAAAGAGAGGUUCCGGCCAAUGCCAUUGUGCUUACCCAUACUACUACCCACAGCACAUGCCCUGGCACUGCGAAUGAUCUUGCAGUUAGGUGUAAAAUCCUCUUGGUUCAGUAAGAGCAGUACGGCUGCUGAUAUGUUACCUUGUCAGACUCCUGAAACCUGUCCAGCAUCAGUUCAAGACCUUCGCAACUACAUGAUCAAUUCAACCCUUCCUGCAGUCGGGGAUUCUGUGGUGCCUGAACUACUUCUAAAGGUUUUAGAACCAUAUCGGAAAGAGGGAUGCAUACUUGAUGAUGAAAGGGCUAGACUGUAUGCUUCUGUUUCAAAUAAAGGUUCUGCAGCAAGAUUUGCCUUUGCUGCUGCGGUAUUUGGUGAAUUUUCAGAAGCCCUUUUCUGGUUACAGCUGCCUCAAGCUCUUUGUCAUUCGUUGGAUAAAUCAGAAAACAGAUCUCUGCAGGAGGUUUCUAAAUCGUCAGUAUCAGAAGCUGAAAGUCUCACUAUACUAAACAGGAUAGCAUCUCGAGAAAGAUCUGUUCCAGGAAGGGCAACAAAGGAUAUGGCGAACUGUGGGCAACUUAAUUUCAUGGCCUUCAAGCAAGAGGAAUUGUGGGAGAACGCAAAUGAGCGAAUUCCUUGGCAUGAAAAAUUGGAUGGAGAAGAAGCAAUUCAGAAGCGUGUACAUGAGCAUGUCUCUGUUGGAGACUUAGAAGCUGCAGUGUCUUUGCUACUCUCCACCCCUCCAGAAGGAUCUCAGUUUUAUCCCAAUGCCUUACGAGCAGUGGCACUGUCAUCUGCUGUGUCGAGGUCGUUGCAUGAACUUGCUGUGAAGGUCAUUGCAGCCAAUAUGGUGAGGACAGACAAGUCGCUUUCAGGGACUCAUCUUCUUUGUGCUGUUGGAAGGUAUCAGGAAGCCUGUUCUCAGCUACAAGAUGCUGGGUGCUGGACAGAUGCUGCUACUUUAGCUGCAACUCAUUUGCAUGGAUCUGAUUAUGCAAGGGUUCUGCAAAGAUGGGCUGACUAUGUUCUUUAUAAUGAACAUAACAUCUGGAGAGCUCUGAUUUUGUAUGUUGCUGCUGGAGCACUCCCUGAGGCUUUAUCAGCUCUUAGAAGUGCGCAGCAGCCUGACACAGCUGCCAUGUUUUUGCUUGCCUGCCAUGAGAUAAAUGCACAGAUUGCCUCAAAAUCUGGACCAUUAGAUGAACAAUUGGAAUCCACACUUGAGAUGAAACAAAAAUUUCACUUGCCUAGCAGGAAUUUGGAGGAUGAAGACCUAAUUGCUGUUAGCGAGUACUACGGACAGUACCAACGGAAAUUGGUGCAUCUUUGCAUGGAUGCAGCACCACUAUUUGACUGAGCAAUCACAAAAUGUUUAGAAGCUGCUAUUAUCCAAGCUUAAGUUGCACCUAUCUACUCAGUUUUCAGAAUAGCUUGAUCGACUUGCAUUCCACUGCUCAAGCUCUCGUGCAUUUAGCAAUUUUCAUCUAAACAAUGUGAUGAGAUGUUCGGAUGGAUUCUUUCGGCGGCAUCUUCAACAAAACAAUGCAAGAGAUUACUGUAAAAUGCCUUUUGCAUUUGCUUUUCUGAAAGGGGAAACCGGUGAUGAAAUCAGUAUGAAAAAGGAGAAAUGGGUUUUCACGUGACCAUGAUGACACGCAUUUGGUAAUUGUCCACACGAUGCCAUAGGUGUAGGUUCUUAAGGAAAUAUUUUUAUAGGUAGUUGAUGAAUUAUGCAUUUAAUUUACCAAAAAAUACAAUAUGCAUUUUCACAUGAAAUGGAAUUGAGGAGAUUGGAAUUAUAGCAUUGAUUUUUAUGAAUAUGAUGUAAAAUUGAUCUAAAAAAAUUGGUAAUAAUGGCAAAUUCUAUUUUUUGGUGAUGCAUGUAUC